GCAAUGGGUUCUCGCCUGGGUGAAGAAAGUAAAGAAUCGCAGAAGUCAUACAAACAAUCUAUCUGCGCACUCGGAAGACAAUUUGUAUACAGAAUUACUCGAAUUUAUUUGCAUUCAGAUUUCAUUUAUAAUUUAAUUACGUUCGGAAAAGUAAAAAAGAUUUGGACGUUGUUCACAAUUUUACUACAAAAGUCAUCAAAGACAGAAAAGAAUAUGUUGAAAAAUACGGUAUUAAUAUGUUUGGGGUUAGUGAUAUUGACGAUAAUAAUGUUUACAAGAAAAACAAAAAGAUUGCAAUGUUAGAUCUUCUUAUAACAGCACAAAAAGAGGGAUUUAUUGACGACAUCGGAAUCCAAGAGGAAGUGGACACGUUUAUGUUUGAGGGACAUGAUACUAUUGCACUUGCCUUGACUUACACUUUGAUGCUACUUGCAAAUCAUAGAUCUAUCCAGCACACAGUAAUCGCUGAAAUUGAUGAAAUAUUCGGCGAUUCUGAACGUCAAGCAGAUUUAGAUGAUUUGUCUAAGAUGCGGUAUUUGGAGAGAUGCAUCAAAGAGUCGCUGCGGUUGUAUCCGCCUGUUCCAGCCAUUGGUCGUUUAUUAAGCGAAGACGUCACAUUAAGUGGAUACGGGGUACCUGAGGGAACAUAUUGUCACAUUCAAUGUUUCGACUUACACCGUCGAGGUGACCUAUAUAAGGAUCCUUUGGUGUUUGAUCCUGACCGAUUCUUACCUGAAAACUGUUCAGACCGACAUCCUUACGCUUACAUACCUUUUAGUGCUGGACCAAGGAACUGCAUAGGACAAAAAUUCGCCAUUUUGGAGAUGAAGUCUGCGAUCUCAUCAUUACUGCGCCAUUAUGAGUUGCUUCCCGUAACAAAACCAGAAGAUUUAAAAUUCACAGCAGAUUUAGUAUUAAGAACAACAAACCCUGUUUAUGUUAAGUUUGUUAAGAAAGAAAAAAAUAAAUAACAUAAGUACUAUAAA